AUGGAACCAGAACUUCUGAAAAAAGCACUUGACGAUCUCCCUCCAGCUUCACUUAUUACAGAGAUUCCCGAGAUACAAAAUGCUAUUGCACACUUGUUAAAAAGCAACCAAGAAAUGAUUGAAUACGAUCCAAACGAUCCAGAUCUCAAGCAAGCUAUUAAAGAAAACAAAGACCUUAUCAUAAGAAAAGAAAAGCACGUUGAUAUAACUUUACAGGUGAUUCGAGAACGAUUAGGAGAAGCAGCCUGGCGAGAAAUGGGUAGCAAUGUCAAAGAAUUCAGAGAAAUCCAUGCAGAAGCAUUAAAAGAAACACGGCGUCCAGAUAAUACAGAAGAAGGUGUAUUUUUAUAA